AUGAAUCAGCUCACCAUCCAGUGGGACACGGUAAUAGCGUUUUAUGUACUCUUCAGUUGGUGUCAUGGAGGAAUUACAAAUAUAAACUGCUCUGGCCACAUCUGGGUAGAACCAGCUGUAAUUUUUAAGAUGGGUAUGAAUAUCUCCAUAUAUUGCCAAGCAGCAAUUAAGAACUGCCAACCAAGGACAUUUUAUUUUUAUAAAAAUGGCAUCAAAGAGAGAUUUCAGAUCACAAGAGUUAAUAAAACAACAGCUCGGCUUUGGUAUAAAAGCUUUCUGGAACCGCACGCCUCUGUGUACUGCACUGCUGAAUGUCCCAGGCGUUUUCAAGAGACACUGAUAUGUGGACAAGACAUUUCUUCUGGAUAUCCGCCAGAUGUUCCCGAUGAGGUCACCUGUGUCAUUUAUGAAUAUUCAGGCAACAUGACUUGCACUUGGAAUACUGGGAAACCCACCUACAUAGAGACAAAGUAUGUGGUGCACGUGAAGAGUUUAGAGACAGAAGAAGAACAACAGUACCUUACCUCAAGCUAUAUCAACAUCUCCACGGACUCAUUACGAGGCGGCAAGAAGUAUUUGGUCUGGGUGCAAGCCACAAAUGCAUUAGGCAUGGAAGAGUCAGAACAGAUGCAAAUCCACCUGGAUGACAUAGUGAUACCUUCUGCAUCCAUCAUUUCCAGGGCUGAGAACGUAAAUGCUACAGUGCCCAAGACUGUAAUUUAUUGGAACAGUCAAACAACAAUUGAAAGAGUUUCCUGUGAAAUGAGAUACAAGGCUGCAACAAACCGAACUUGGAAUGUUAAAGAAUUCCACACCAACUUUACCUAUGUGCAGCAAUCAGAAUUUCACUUAGAGCCCAACAUGAAGUAUAUAUUUCAAGUGAGGUGUCAAGAAACAGGUAAAAGGUACUGGCAGUCCUGGAGCUCACCCUUUUAUCAUAAAACAGCAGAAACAGUUCCCCAGGUCACACCGAACUCAUUCCAACAUGAUACUCAGAAUUCUGGGUUUCUAGUUGCUUCCAUUGUUAAAGGACACCUUACUUCUGACAACAGGGAAGACAUUGGACUCUUAUUGGGAAUGGUCAUCUUUGCUGUCAUGUUGUCAAUUCUUUCUUUGAUUGGGAUAUUCAACAGAUCGCUCCGAGCUGGAAUUAAAAGAAGAAUCUUACUGCUAAUACCAAAGUGGCUUUAUGAAGACAUUCCUAAUAUGGGAAACAGUCAUGUUGUGAAGAUGCUACAGGAAAAAAGUGAACUUGUGAAUAAUAAUUCCAGUGAACGGGUCCUCUAUGUUGAUCCGAUGAUUACAGAGAUAACAGAAAUUCUCCUCCCAGAACCGAAGCCCACUGACCACAAGGAGAAUCCAGGAUCCCUGCAGACAAGUGACUCUGUGCAGAAGUCACUCUGCGUCGACACUACAGUCGUGUAUAUUCCUGAUCUCAACACUGGGUAUAAGCCCCAGGGGUCACGUUUCCUCCCUGAGGGAGACCAUCUCAGCAAUGAUGAUGACAUAGUUUCCUCGACCCUUAAGCCACUAGCGGAUUCCUUUGACCUGGGAAAGAAUCUCAGGUUGAAAAAGUAUACUAAUUUUGCUUUCUCUGUCUCCGGUAUGAAUCCACCAAGCAACACACUAUUUCUUGAAGAGUUCAGCCUCAUUUUAAAUCAAGAAGAAGAUAGUCCUCCUGGCAUUCAAAACUCAGUGGAGGCAGAAGCCACCAUGCUUGUGGAAAACAACUCCCAGAAUGAAACUAUUCCGGAACAGACCCUGCUGCCUGAUGAAUUCGUGUCCUGUUUGGGAAGCAUGGAUGAGGAACUGCCAUCUAUUAAUUCUUACUUUCCCCAAAAUUUUUUGGAAAGCCACUUCAAUAGCAUUUCACUCUUGGAAAAGUAG